UUUAACGAAGUUUGGGAUCCACAGAGAGAGAGAGAGAGAAACCGUGUCUUAAAGCGAAGGAUCUGAUCACUGUGGAGAGGCGAAGUGAGCAGUUAAAAUUGUUUCUGAGUUUAUCAUUUUUCUCAUGGUCUGGUUUCUGGCGUAAAGAUCUCAGCUUUUUCAAAGUUUUCUCUAGGAAGAUUUGAGGUUGUUCUCGGAGAUUUCUCAGCUUCCUAGUUUCUUGUCGAGGGUUUCGGCGUUUUUGCAAUUUUUUUCCCGUUUUUUCUGCAAAUAUGUAGCAAGUUAUUUGCAUCUAUGAUCUUCCACAGUUGUACAUAUAUCUUGCAUAUCUCUGAGGGCGUCGGCUAACGUGUCUGAAGCUACUGAGCUUUGAGCGGUUGUUGAGCGGUACUUUGGCUUUUGCAAAAAAUUUGCCUCCUGACUCGUUUGUGUCUGAUAGAAGUUAAAAUGUGUGGUGUUUGAAAGACGUUGUGAGUGAAAGAUAAAUUUAUGCCAAGCUCUUGCAAGGGAUAUAAUUUUUCUUGGCGUGUGGCCUGUAUAUUGUUUUCGCCGAUUAAAUGUCAUUCCGUAGCAUAGUCCGUGAUGUAAGGGAUGGUUUUGGGAGUUUAUCCAGGCGGAGUUUUGAGGUCAGGCUUCCAGGUCAUCAUAGGGGCAGGUCUCAGGUUUCGGUUAAUGAAUUGCAAGACCAGCCUCUGGUAAUCCAGAACAGUCGUUGGGCUAGUCUUCCUCCUGAACUACUCUGUGAUGUGAUUAAGAGGUUGGAGGCCAGUGAGAGUACCUGGCCAUCGCGCAAGCAUGUCGUCGCAUGUGCUGCGGUUUGCAGGUCAUGGAGAGAGAUGUGCAAAGAAAUUGUUAAGAGCCCAGAGUUCUCUGGCAAGCUCACCUUUCCAGUCUCCCUUAAACAGCCUGGGCCUCGUGAUGGAACCAUUCAAUGCUUCAUUAAGCGGGACAAAGCCAACUUAACUUACCACCUUUUUCUGUGCCUUAGUCCUGCUUUACUUGUUGAAAAUGGAAAAUUUCUUCUCUCUGCCAAGAGGAAUCGGCGAACUACUUGCACAGAAUAUGUUAUAUCCAUGGAUGCUGAUAAUAUAUCAAGAUCAAGCAGCACUUAUAUUGGAAAGCUGAGGUCAAAUUUCCUUGGCACAAAAUUCAUAAUUUAUGACACCCAGCCUCCCUACAGCGGUGCCCAUGUGUCCCCAAUAGGCAGGUCAAGCCGGAGAUUCUACUCCAAGAAAGUGUCUCCGAAGGUCCCAACUGGGAGCUAUAACAUUUCCCAGGUUACCUAUGAGCUGAAUGUACUAGGCACACGCGGCCCGCGCCGGAUGCAUUGCAUCAUGCACUCAAUCCCUGCCUCAGCCCUGGAUGCCGGUGGAACCGUACCAGGCCAGCCAGAGCUACUCCCUCGUUCCCUUGAGGACUCAUUUGGGAGCAUAUCCUUCUCUAAAUCCAUUGAUCAAUCGGGUGAGUUCAGCAGUGCUCGGUUCUCGGACAUUGUUGGAUCCCAUGAAAACGAGGAAGACAGCAAGGAGAGGCCAUUGAUUCUCCGAAACAAGGCUCCAAGGUGGCAUGAACAGUUGCAAUGUUGGUGCCUUAACUUCCGCGGGCGGGUAACAGUUGCCUCUGUCAAGAACUUCCAGCUGAUUGCUGCGACACAGCCAGCUCCAGCUCCUGCUCCUGCAGCUGCAGCUGCUGCACCUGGUGCACCAACACCAGCCCAGCCAGCAUCAUCAGAUCAUGACAAGAUCAUCCUGCAAUUUGGCAAGGUGGGGAAGGACAUGUUCACCAUGGAUUAUCGCUAUCCCUUGUCUGCAUUUCAAGCCUUUGCAAUCUGCUUGAGCAGCUUUGAUACCAAGUUGGCAUGUGAAUAAUAGAAGGAAAAAAAGAUUAAAAAAAAGAGUAGCACGUAAUGGUGUUCAUCUUCUCCUAUAAAUAUAUCCAGAAGCUUUGUUAAAAGUUAAAGAAAAACUGUGUUGCAGCACAACUACUGCAGGCAUUAGAAGGAAAUCCUCAUUGUCACUCUUUUUUGUUCUUUGCUUUUGUUUUCAUGGUAUCGUUCUCAUGUCUUACUGUCAUCACAUCAUCAUUAAAAGUCAAAAGCAUAUAUAUGGGCCCUUCAUCUGAUUCAUCUUUUUCUAUAUAUUAAUAAUUCCCUUGUCUCCUCC